AUGCCUGAGAUCCAGCUUGACCACUUUUCCGAGCAGUAUCCGAACCGGAUCAACCCGCCCGAGUACCCGUACGUCCUGUACCCAUCCAAUUUCUUCGCCAUCCUGGGCGGCACAUUCGCAUCUCUGAGCAGCGUCAGCGCCAAGCUGGCCGUCGCCCAGAACACAUCGCUGCCAUCGCCGCCUGCAACUUUUUCAUGUGGCUUGUUUUUCACCAAGGCCCUGCGGUACGGCGACUCGACCGUGCGCGUGAUGAUGGUCCAGACUGUCUCUAAUUUCGCCGUCACCGCGCUGGCCGGCGUCUAUCUGUUUGGCGAUGUCCUGUCGAUGCAGUGGUGGUGCGGUGCCACUUUGAUCGCGGUUGGCUUGACCUGCCUGAGCUCGGAAAAGCACGUCGGGUUCGUGCGCGAGAGCCCCGACUAUGCCUUUGAGGUCAACGGAUACAAGCCCGAGGACAAGAAGGAGUCGAAAAAGACCCAGUGA